CUGGACAAACUGCAAGGUGACCAAGCUCCACAGGUUCUCAAGCAAGAGCUGGGAGAACGGGUCAAAGAGAUAUCUCAGUUAAGAACUGAACUGGAGCGGGUGAAAAAAGACAAGAAUAUAGUAUCUGGCCUUGUCACCCAAAUGCAAAGAGACAUGUCAAACAAGGAUAGCACCAUAGACCGUCUGACCAGAGAGGCGGAAGUGUUGAAGAAGGAAAUCAGAGAGAAAGAUGUACAGCUACUCAGUCUAAAGAAACCAAGUGAGGUUGCCAAGGCUGCAGAAGAAAACAUUGCCAGGGAAAAAGAAUUAACUUCUCUAAGACAAAAAUUUAAAAUAGCAGAAAAUAAACUCCAAGAGCAGCUGGACAUUAUCUCAGGUCUGCGAGGAGAGUUGGACAAAUCAAAGUCUGAGUUACUUUAUGAGAGGGAACUUCAGCGUAAACUUAUCAGUGACCUUGACAGUGUCAAAGUUCAACUCCAGGAUGUUCAGAGGUCAGAGAGGGUUGUCAGAGUUGACCUCGAACAAAUGCAGAAGAGAAAUGAAAGACUUAGGUCCAGAGUUAUCCAGCUAACAUUUUCAAGCCCUGCUGUCAAGGCCCCAGACAAAGAGAUAUCUGACGAUGAACUCAUUGACAGUCUGAAGAAGCUGGUUGAUGACAGAGCCAAGCUGUUGAAUCGAAUUGAAGAGUUGGAGUCAAGUGUCACAGCUGCUAAGUCUGGAAAGGAAGAGCUAUUGAGUGAUGCCAAAAAAUUGAGAGAGGCUCUUGAAUCUAGCGCUAAACGACUGAAAGCAAAUGGACGCCUCAGUGGUUUGCUGAAGGAGGAAAUUAUAUUGGUUCGGUCUCUGUGUGCAGAUGAGGACUUGACCUGGAUACGAGAACUCUUCUCUGAGGUUCUGGCAGCAGAACUCGACUGGGAGAACUUGAUUGAACAGUCUUUGGAGAAAUGUGGUGUCAAGGUUGCAAUCUCAAAUGAUAAUCCAGGACAACACAUUCAGAUGCUGUUCUCCAAAUGGGAGUUGUCCUUGGCAGAGGUUGAAAGACUGCAGACACAGAUCAAACUACUGGAGAAGGAGCACAAAGCUGAACUUGAGUUGAAACUGAGUGCACUGACAACUGAAAUGGAAAACAGAAUACAAGAUGCUGUAGAGAAAACAAAGCUUAAAGGUGAUCAGGACCUCAAUGCUGCUAUUGAUGAGAUCAGAGCAACAGAGAAGGCAAAAAGGAAGAGCCGCAUAGAAGCUGAGAAAAGGAAAACUGCAGAGGCUGAAGCUUUGUUAGAACAGAUGAGAAAGUCAUUAGAGGAACACCAGCAGGAAACUAAAGCCAAAGUGGAAGAGGCAGCUGGAGCUGUGCAGGAGAUGGAGACCAUGAGGAUUGCUGAGAACAUUCUCAAGGAGCAGUUGAGCAAGUUGCAGCAGCAGUUGGUAAAUCAGACAGUUGAGUUUACUUCUACAAAGGAAGAGAUGAUGAACAAGUUCAAAACUGAGCAAGCUUCAUAUGAGGAACAAAUAAAACAACAUUCAGUAACUAUAUGCACCAUGGAGGACAAGCUGAGUAAACUCCUGAAAGAGAAAAAGAGCAUUAGUGAUCAGCUCUCUAAGCUCAAGUCCAAACCAGCUGUUCCACCAAAAGUGGUAGUCCAGCGACCUAGAGAGGAGAUUAUUGCUUUUGAGCAUGUGCUGAACGCUUUGCGGCAGGAGAAUGCGGUUUUGAAGAAAGAAAUUGUUGACUCACAAAGUAUCAUUAUGGGCUACAUCUCUGGAGAAAUGAGCGAGAAUCAGAAACAAGAGAUGGAAAGAAACCGUGAGCUACUGCAUCACAAGGAAGGGGAGCUUACUGAAUUAAGGCAACAGAUGGUUAAACUGUCGAAAAUCAUUGACAGCCAAAAGGAAGAGAUUCAGAAAUUAGAGGGAGAGCUGAGUAAGGAGAAGAGCCUCUCUACAAAAUACAAAUGCCAUCUGGAAGGUAACAGUGGACAUGUGGAGAAGCUUGAGAAAGAGUUACACAGAGAGAAAGAGGAGCAGAAGAGACAGCUAGAGCUUCUGGAGACAGAGGGCCGGAUUACUUCGGAGCUGACAAGCCUUGGAGCUCAGUGUCGUGGAGAGAGACACGAACAGGUCAUUGCUAGGCAGCGGGAUGCCCUGGCUGAGCUGAGGGCAAGAGUAAAAACACUGGAACAGUCCAGACCACCAGUCUACACAGAAGACCAAGCCCUACAGAAGAUUAUGCUUCUACAGAGAGAGCUGGCUGAACUUAGAUCCAACCAGGCAUUGACUGACAAUUUACACAUCCAGGACAGUUCUGCGCUAGGCAAGGAGAUUGGCAGAGCCAGAGGUUUCUUCUCAUCAUCCAAUGCUGAAGCGGAAAUGGAGCGAAGUGCCCAUAGAGAAACCAUGGAUGCACUAGACUGCAGUGAAGCAGCUUACCUCUCUCUGUGCCGAUGCCUGGCCGACACUCUCAACAUAGAAAACAUUGAAGGCAUUUCUUCUAUGGCCCACAUUCCCAAAGAUGAAAGGGAACACUUGAUUGAAGAAAGACUGGCACGGAAGGAUGCCCUGCUGGAGGACUACGAGUCCCAGCUGGCCCAGUUAAAAGCGACACUUGUCUUGGAAGAAAGAAGAACGCAAGAAGUUAAUCGUUUGAAGAACAGUGCGCGAAGCAGAAUGGAGGAGUCAGAAUACCUGAGAGAGACACUCAACAGAACCAGAGAUCGACUGAACCAGGAGAAGAGACUAAACACCUUGAUCAAAGAUAGACGGAUAGUUGUUAAUGAAAACACAAGACAUGUUACUACCGGGCAUCACCACUGUAAAAUAGAAGAUCCCAAGGAUGUGGUCAAGAACAAACAACAAAGUGAACUUCUGAAGCGCAAGAACUAUGAGAUCAAGAAGCUGAAGAAAGAACUCAGUGACACAGAAAGAGAACUUGAUGAAACUCACAGAGCUAGACAGCUAGGCUCUGACCUGCUGAUUCAUGCAGACAGGUGUGGUCCCAGCUGCAGCGGAUGUCCAGCCUGCAGAUCACUUGAAAUAGCAACUGCUUAA